AUGGUCUCUCAAACUGACACAGACGGCUUCGGCGACCCUCGGUCCUCACAAAACCCUGACUAUGACCUCUCGACCCCGAUACCCCCUGAUUCAACUGGUCUUCGACAGAGCCUGACAUCGUAUGGAGAUGCGCAUUUCUCCCUUUUUCUCAGAAAAGUAUUCAUCAAAGCUCUGGGCUACAGCGAGGAUGCUCUGUCUCGUCCGAUCAUCGGAAUCGUCAAUACAUACUCCAGCUUCAACCCAUGCCAUGCCAACAUCCCUCAACUCAUUGAAGCGGUCAAACGCGGCGUCCAGUUGAAUGGGGGGCUGGCCAUUGACUUUCCAACUAUCAGCAUUCAUGAAGCUUUUUCAUCUCCAACGAGCAUGUAUCUGCGCAAUCUCAUGAGCAUGGAUACCGAGGAAAUGAUCAAAGCUCAACCCUGCGACGCGGUAGUGCUGAUUGGAGGUUGCGACAAGACUACUCCAGCACAGCUGAUGGGUGGUCUUUCAGCCAAUAAACCAAUCCUACAUCUUGUCACAGGGCCUAUGAUGCCCGGAAGCCAUAAGGGUGUCAGACUUGGGGCAUGUACGGACUGCCGCAAUAAUUGGGCGAGCUAUAGAGCCGGAACCAUCGAUAUCGAGGAGAUAUCCGCCAUCAACAACGAGCUAGCUCCCACCGCUGGAACUUGUGGCGUAAUGGGUACAGCAAGUACAAUGGCUUGUAUUCUAGUUGGCCUUGGCCUAAUGCCUUUCGGUGGCGCUUCUGCUCCCGCCGUAUCUUCUGCUCGGUUACGAAUCGCGGAAGAAACUGGCGGGAAUGCAGUCGCUGCUCUAAAGAGAGACUUACGACCACAGAAAUUGCUCACACGUGAGUCUUUCUUGAAUGCUAUCACCGUCCUACAGGCGAUCGGAGGCUCCACAAAUGCAGUGGUACACCUCAUGGCUAUCGUCGGCCGACAUUUAGAUACGGAGCUUGUCAGUUCCAUUAAUUUGGAUACUAUUAACGAAAUUGGUCGUCAAACACCCCUGCUCGUGGACUUGAAGCCCAGCGGUGAUAAUUACAUGACCGAUUUCCACAACUCCGGCGGCAUGCUUGCUUUGCUGCGUGAGCUCAGGCCUCUCCUCCAUCUGAAUGCAGGCACAGUGAUGGGCGGGACAAUCGGCGAACAGAUCGAUCAGGCAACCUACAUCAAGGUCCCUCGACGACUGAGCUGCAUCCAGCCUUUUCACGAGCCACUUUACCCGGCUUCCUCUUUGGUUCUCCUCCGCGGUAACCUGGCCCCUGGAGGCGCGCUGAUGAAAGCAAGUGCAUCAAAACGCCGGAGUCUUCUCCAUCAUUCUGGCCCUGCUGUGGUUUUCGCCGGAUCCGCAGACAUGGCCAAACGCCUGGAUGAUCCUGAUCUCAACGUGACCGAAAACAGCGUUCUCGUCCUCCAAAAUAUCGGACCUGUCGGAAACCCCGGGAUGCCCGAAGCUGGCAUGAUUCCGAUACCACGAAAGCUAGCAAGCAAGGGGGUUUUGGACAUGCUCCGCAUUUCCGACGGCAGGAUGAGUGGCACAGCGGGGGGCUCUAUCAUCUUACACAUAUCUCCCGAGGCGGCAAAUCCCAGUUCCGUCCUUGGGGUUGUCAGAGAUGGAGAUAUCAUCACUUGUGACGUGGAAAACUGCAGACUACAGAUUGAGAUUUCGGACGAAGAAACCAGACGCCGAAUCGAAAAGAGGAAGGCCGAGGUUGAGGACAGCCGAAAUACAGAGACUGGAGUCCAGCCAUCAUGGAUUGCCCGGGAGAAAAUGAGAGGCUAUCGAGGACUUUAUAUGCGAUCUGUGUUGCAGGCGGAACAGGGAGCAGACUUCGACUUUUUGACGGCUUCAGGGCCUGGUCUAAGCCAAUAG